AUGGCCGAAGCUCUUUUGCAGCAUCACGAUGCUACCCUGACUCAGGUGCAGGUCCAGACAAAGGGUUUCACGCAGCUCUCUGGGCCCAUCGACAAUGGCGACAUCGUUGCCGAUGUAGUCUUUGUUCACGGUCUAGGAGGCCAUCCAAAAGACACGUGGACGUAUGGGUCAGAGGAACGGAGGAUUUCCAACCAAAAACUAGACAAAGACGAACCAACGAGGUCGAGAAGCUUCAGAAAACUUUUGUGGAGCAAGUGUACCAAGGACAAGGAAGAUAUCGCCAAACAUCCAGAAAGCUUAGUUUCAACUUGCUUCUGGCCGAUGGACCUCCUAUCUCGCGACUUCAAAAAUGUACGCGUUGUUACCUAUGGCUACGACUCUCAUGUGAGCCAUUUCUGCAAGGAUGCGGUAAACCAAGUGACCAUAUCACAACACGGUCGAACACUGCUUGAAAGGCUCAUAGACGAGCGGCAAGACUGUAUCGAACGUCCACUUAUCUUCGUCGCGCAUAGUCUUGGUGGGCUUCUUGUUAAGGACGCCAUCAUCGAGGCUCGAAAACAUAGUCCUCAGACAGUUGCACGAAUGGUGUUUCAACGUUGUCAUGCAAUCAUGUUCUUUGGCACGCCACACCUUGGGUCCGGGCUUGCAGACUGGGGCGUGCUGCUGAGUAAUAUUGUUGAAGCGCUGGGAAUUGGGUUUAGCACCUACAAAGGGGUCUUGCGGCAACUAGCUCCAGAUAGCGAGAAGCUGGAGUCUUUGACGCGGGAAUUCAAUGAGAUCCUGAACGCCCCAAUCCCAAAGGAUCAGAGAAUCAAAAUAUACAGUUUCCAAGAGGGCAAGGGAAUCAGUGCUAGCAAACUGCGUGAUGGAAAGGUUGUACCAGAUCACUCCUCGUGGUUCAAUCGUAGGGAUCUUGAGAGAAACAUCUCUAUUUCGGAAAACCACAAGAAUAUGUGCAAGUUCAAGGGUGCUAACGAUCCAGGCUAUAAAGCCUUCAGCGGCGGUUUGCGAAUGUACCUGUCUGAGAUACUUCAUUCGAAGGAAACCCAAACCACGAGGCCAAGCGUGGAGCAAGAUGAAGCCCAACCCCUACAAAUGCAAUGUGGACCAGCAGCCGCCUGUUCGAUUAUUGCGCAAUUACUUCACACGCGGUAUGCUCAAAGCGCAAUUCACGAUGACGCGGUCUGGUUGAGCCACAAGGAGCGCGUAGUGCUCCUCAAAGCAUUCAAGUCCACGAUAAACAUCUACUCUCUCCUGGCUCAGGAUCGAGCAGCCCAGUCAGUCCCAAACAUCGGCGAAAGGGCCCGUAUAGCAAUGUCGCUUUCGCAAGCCACUUCUGCCUUGCGCUCGAUCUCUGAAGACGAUUUGUUCAAGAUAUUAGCAUCAUUGAUUCAUGCCUAUACGGAUGAGGAGAUACACAUUGUUAUUGACGGCGCAGAUAUUUUGCUACCAGACGACCAGUCACGACUUUUGAAGAAUUUUCGAAAUCUAUGGAAGUGCGCCCACAAGGACCCCAGCCUCAAGUUGAGGAUAUUAAUCAUGAGUCGCCCUCUCAGGAGAAUUCAAGAGAUACUCGAUGGCCUUCCAUACCUGGAUUAUGAAAAGGAGCAGAAAGAAUGUCUGAGGUCUUUGAAGUUUGGAUCUUCUAACACGAGAAGAAGCCGGAUGAUUGAUUCCGCAGAGAAUACCGGUAACUGGGUCUUAAGACAUCCCCAAUACAUUGAUUGGAAGUCAGAAACAAACUCGACUAUGCUGUGGAUACAAGGCAAGCCACGAAGUGGAAAAUCUGCCUUGAUGCAACGCUUGCUGCAAGAACUCACGAAAGAGCGGAGCUUUGAAGAUGUGGAACGGCCGGCUUCCACAAGAGGUUCAAGUAGCCAUAUGAUCGACUUGGCCUCAGGCUCAAGACAGACAAUAAAGAAAUCAUCCGUCGUCAAGGAUCAAUCAGUGAUUGCAAGCUUUUUCUAUAGCACACGGGAGGGUGAGAUAGAAACAAGUCGUCGGCACAUGCUGCAGACUCUUCUAUACGAGGUCUUGGCCCAGGAAAGCCAAUUGUACCCUUGGUUUCAAGAGACCUAUCGAAAGCUUCGGAAUGGAUCAGAGAACCACGUUACCUGGUCCUAUGAGGAUCUCAAAGAUGUUUUCAUAAAUCUGGCCACUUCGUGUGAUCAACAUUUUCGGAUAUAUCUUCUCGUUGAUGCGCUUGAUGCAUCCGAUGAAGGCCAACUGGCGGAUGUUUUGUCGCUGUUUCACGACGAUCGUGGGGCUUCAGCUUGUACCAUCAAGAUUGCCUUCACCAGUCGGCCGAGCUACUUGAUCGCCAAAGCGCUGACUGGCACGUUUAAACUCGUCCUCGAGUACGAGAACAAACAGGAUAUAGCGAAGAUGGUCGACGCCGAACUGCGCUUCUUUAGCAAACCAUACAAUGGUAUUUUUGAGUGGUGCACGAACUAUCUCACGGAUCAUGCUCAAGGGGUCUUUUCCUGGAUAUUUAUCGUUAUCCGAAAUCUAAAGGGUUGGGAUACAGGUCAAUGCACCAAGGCAGAACUUAUGAAACUGGUUCAAGACUUUCCCCUUGAGCGGAUCGACUACUAUAAACAAAUCAUUGAGCAACUGGCGAAACACGACGCGACGAUGAAGAUCGAGGCCAGAAAGAUACUCGAUUGGGUCACCUACGCUGAACGGCCACUGACUGCAGGCGAAAUCUGGGAUACCAUUGCGAGCAUGACUUGGCUCCCAGAUCUCUGGAUCAAGCUAGGCCGAGGUGAUAAGGUUGCCCGAUUGUUCAAACAGAGGAGACUGCUCUAG